AUGAUUAGUAAAUUAAUUAUUCUUCUACAUUUAAUUAUUUUAUUAAAUAUUCAAUGUGCCGGAAGGAUUGUUCCUGCAGAAGUUAAAAUCAAAGAUGAUUGGGAAGGAAAAAGAGAAUUUAUUUAUUUAAAAAAUGUUGAAAAAGAGAAGCGUUUUGUGUUGAAAAUAAUUGAGAAAAAGAAUAAAUAUGUUAGCCAUAAGCAUAAUAUAGAGGAUUUUUUGCGUCCAAUUAACUUUGACUCUAAUAAAAAUAUUUUUGAUACUUCAAUACGCAAUAGAUCGAGAUAUACUCCAUUUGUUCAAUUAAAAAACAAAAUAGUGAUUGAGAUAGCCAAUAAUCAGAUUAUUCAAAAUAUUUUGCCUGAAUUUGAAAAACGGGUAUUUUAUUAA